UCUCUAGAUAGAUAAGUAACAUUUGAAUAUAUUAUUAUGUAGGUAGGUUAGGUAAGUUGAGAUAAACAUCGAAGCUAUCCCUUUUGGCCCCUUUUUUCAAAGUCGCUAAAUACUGCUUAUCCUCAAUUAGUGUUAUCGCGUUGUCUUAGUCUCUUGUAGAUACGACAACUUCUUCGGGCUUGCAAGGAUGGUCAGCCAUCCAACCCUAGCAUGGUCAGGAUCUACUGUAGGAGCUUGCGUAUCUGUCUCCCAUUAUAUUUACCGAAGAAUUGAUAACAAGCUGGGGAGGAAAGGGAAAGAUGGGUGGGAAGGAUUGAUUGGUUAAGGUACCAUGCGGCGAAGAAAAGACAAAAGACAAAAGACCAGACAAAAAGAAGAACUGAAGAAGAAAACCAAAACCAAAACCUAUCGUCCUUCUUUAACCACUUACUUGUACUUGGUAUGUAGGUAUGGCUUACUGAAAUACAACACAGCGCAGCCUUAGACGUCACGCUGCCUACGAUAACCAUAUCUACAUUCCAGACAUCAUUCAGUUCGCCUCGAUUCGCCUCGAUUCGCUUCGCUUCGCUUCGUUUCACUUCGCACGAGGCAGCUUUAAGGCGACUUCAUCAUGGCUGAUGCUAAGACUGGUAGUCUUAUGGAUUCCGACUCGAUCCAAAUUAAGAAGGAUCCUAUUUCGAACCAGGAAAAUAGCAAUGAUAUCGAGAGCGGCCAUGUGGCGUUAUCCGACGAAGCGACGGCCGACGUCAUUGACAGUGCCGCCGAGAGGGCUCUCUGUCGCAAAUUCGAUCUUCGUUUACUGCCGGUCUUAGCUGUAAUGUACUUGUUCAAUGCUCUCGAUAAGGGGAACUUAGGGAAUGCUCAGACCGCGGGUCUCUCUAAAGACUUGCAUUUUAAGGAUGGCCAAUAUAACCAGAUCGUCGGGAUAUUUUUCGUCCCAUAUGUCCUAUUCGCGCCGCCUGUUGCCAUGUUAGGCAAAAAGUUCAACCCGGCUCGCGUUCUUCCUCUGCUGAUGUUCUGCUUCGGCUCCUUCACUCUGCUUACAUCGGCGACGGUGAAUUUUGGCGGCAUCUUCGCUCUUCGGUGGUUCCUAGGAAUGGCUGAAUCGGCCUUCUUCCCCCUUGUGAUAUAUUACCAGACCACCUUCUACAGGCGCGGCGAGCUCGCACGACGCCUGGCCAUCUUCUACGCCGCCUCCAACAUAGCAAACGCAUUCAGCGGCCUUCUCGCUUUCGGCGUAUUCCAGAUAAAGUCCACGCUAGUAGACCAUCCUUGGCGCUGGCUCUUCAUCGUUGAAGGUAGCGUGACGGUGUGCUUUUCAAUAUUUGCCUUCUUCUACCUUCCUCGGAGCGCCGCCGAGGCUCGAUUCCUAAACGAAGAGGAGAAGGCGCUCGCAUAUCGUCGCAUACAGAUCGACAGUUCUUCUAUCGUCAACGAGAAAUUCUCUCUCAAGGACUCCCUCAACGUGUUUAAGCGGCCGACGACCUACUGCUUUCUCAUUAUUGAGAUAUGUCUCGGCGUACCAUUACAAGCGGUAUCGUUGUUCUUGCCACAGAUUGUACAACGGCUUGUCGAAAAUACGGUCACGAUCAAUCUGUACACUGUCGCCCCAAACGUCACAGGCGCUGUCAUGCUAUUGAUUCUCGCGUUCACAUCCGACGGCCUGCGGAUUCGGUUCCCGUUCGUAUGCCUCGGCUUUGCAUUCACCUUCAUCGGGUUUAUUAUAUACGCGGCAAUCGAGGAUGUCCAUGCUCAGAUUCGCGUCGCGUAUUUUGCAACAUUCAUGAUGUGUUGGGGAACUUCUGCACCGUCAGUUCUGCUUAGCACCUGGUAUAACAACAACAUAGCACACGAGGGCGAACGUCUGACGUUGACUUCGGUUGGUGUUCCUUUAGCGAACCUAAUGGGACUGAUACCUAGCUAUAUAUUUCAAGCCAAAGAUGCACCGAAGUAUACGCCCGCUCUUAUCACGACAGCAUGUUUUGGUGCCACAGGAUGUCUCGUUGCGGGCUGCUUAGGUCUUUUCAUGUUGUGGGAUAACCGACGCCGAAACCGCCAGCAGGGCGUGAAUCUCACUGCGAAAGACGUGCCAACUAUGAAGUUGAGAGACGGCCCUAGGGUAGAGGAGUUUAGAUGGUUCUUGUAAUAUAUACCUAUGUAUAUAUUAGGGGGCUGCUAAGGUGCUCCAUCGAUACUAGCUCGACAGUAUCCUACCUAUGUUAUGUCUGUACAAUCAAAACAUUUGCGAUUUGAACUCGUUACAAGUAAAUUAAAUUAAUAUGUGACGUAUU